UCCGCGGUCACACCGCCUCAAAAAAGCAUCAUCAUUGCCGGAACAAAAAAACUUUCAAAGAAGCACGGAAAUAAAGUGUAUAAUAAUCGUCGAGUGCAUCAUCUGUUUGUUGGCUAAUUCCUAAAGAUGUCUUCACGUUACGAUCGUGCAGUUACCAUUUUCUCCCCUGACGGACAUUUGCUUCAGGUGGAAUAUGCCCAGGAAGCCGUCCGCAAGGGCUCGACUGCGGUUGGUGUUCGCGGCGGCAGUUGCGUUGUGCUGGGCGUGGAGAAAAAGUCUGUUGCCAAGCUGCAGGAGGACCGCACAGUUCGCAAAAUUUGCAUGCUUGACCAUCACAUUACAAUGGCCUUUGCCGGCCUUACUGCCGAUGCGCGCAUUCUGAUUAAUCGUGCACAAGUUGAGUGCCAGAGCCAUCGCCUUAAUGUUGAGGACCAAGUUACUCUGGAGUACAUCACUCGCUACAUUGCGCAGCUGAAACAAAAGUACACUCAGAGCAAUGGUCGUCGCCCCUUUGGUAUUUCCUGCCUGAUUGGCGGCUUUGAUGGCGAUGGCUCGGCGCAUUUAUUCCAAACCGAGCCUUCUGGUAUAUUCUAUGAAUACAAGGCAAACGCUACGGGUCGCUCAGCCAAGACGGUGCGUGAAUUCUUCGAGAAGAAUUAUCGUGAGGAAGAGGUGGCCGACGAGAGAGGUGCUGUCAAGCUGGCCGUUCGCGCCCUGCUCGAGGUGGCACAGUCGGGCCAGAACAACCUGGAAGUGGCCAUCAUGGAGAACAACAAGCCACUAAAGAUGCUAGACCGGGAAGUCAUCCAGGAGUAUGUGAACAUCAUCGAGAAGGAGAAGGAAGAGGAGCUAGAAAAGAAAAAACAGAAGAAGUAACACACCCAGCACUCUUUCAACAGAAUGCCUCCAAUUCGAACAUUUUCCAAAAUCAGGACCUCUGCCCCUUUAAGAUUGUCCCUCACUUUCAUUCAGUCCUUUUAUCCGAAAAAAGUGUUUGCACUACACAAAAUCAGUUCGCCCGAAACAUCAUUCACAUAUAAAACAUAUUUUAUAUAUUCAAUCGUAGGGAGGUUUCUGCAGAUUCCAUUCACUUGGAGAAUGUUCCGCACCGCAUCACAUCGGGUGGCCCGAUGGCACAUUUAAACUAAAUAAUUUUCUACAUUUUUAAAUGUUGUAAAGAGGUUCAAAGCUACAUAUUUGAGUUGUAUAAAAUACAUGGUCUACCAGACACGAGGACAGA